AUGACAGCUCUUGUUCAUGAAAUGGCUAUUGUCGCUUUAGGUAGGAUAGCCGAUGCUCAUGAGCCGCCGGUUCCUACACACGUUGAAACGUGUGAUAGGCCUGCGCAUGUUCGACCCGUUGGCCCUCGGAGGGUUGGUGCCCCGAAGAGGAAGAAGACCGCCCAUAAGCCCCAUGACGGUCAGCGUCCCUAUGGAGUGGACUUAGGGAGCACCGUCGAUGGAGCUGAAGGGUUCUUCGAAGAAGGCGAACUCCCACCGAGUCCGGCAUCUCCUGGCGUUGAUAACAUGGAUUGCUUUAUGCAACAGAUAUGCGACGCCCUUCACGACGGGUCUUUGGGCAUCGAUCUAAACAUCGAUCUUGAGCAGAUGAAUAAUGUCGAGCCCACAGUCCCUUAUUCAGGUACAUCUACAUCCAAUAUGUGCGACGCCCUUCACGACGGGUCUUUGGGUAUCGAUCUAAACAUCGAUCUUGAGCAGAUGAAUAAUGUUGAGUCCACAGUCCCAUAUUCAGCGUCAACCAUCGGGGUCAGCCCGAUAUUGAUCCCUGGCAUAUCCAGCUUGGCUCGGAGUGACGGGCUCGCAGGACCGGGCGUUGGGCCUGAUACCACUACAGUUCCCGGGGCUGAAAGCCUUCAUAGCAAUGGUGCCUCCCCGCCUUUGCCGAGUGGUGCGAGCACUACAGUUCCCGGGGCUGAAAGCCUUCAUAGCAAUGGUGCCUCCCCGCCUUUGCCGAGUGGUGCGAGCAAUCCGCCUGCAGGGGCUGAUAUACCCUCUUCUGCUACUGUCUCAGAGCCCGUCGGACCUCAACCCGAGGGGACGUCCGUUGGCGUUGUUUAUGCAAAAAUGCAGAAACUUGUUGAGCCCGGACCGGAAACGCGAUUGCGAUGGCGGCUGGCCAAGUCGCUAGGACAGGAGACGCCGGUCAGCGAAGUGUCGGCGUCGGAGCUGUUUUCGCUCGAGAUGUCGAAGACGGAGGCGUUGAUGCAGGCUUUUAGGAGGGCGAUUGGGGUGAGGAUUAAGGAGGAGGGGGAGAUUAUUGAGGGGGAGGUUGUUGAGAUCUCCAUUGAUCGCCCUGCUGCAGGAGGAGACUCUAAGUCAGCUUCCAAAACGGGGAAGUUGACUAUGAAGACAACAGAUAUGGAGACGGUGUAUGAAUUAGGGGGCAAGAUGAUAGAGGCAUUGAACAAGGAGAAAGUGCAGAGUGGGGAUGUGAUUGCAUUGGAUAAGUCAUCCGGAAAGGUGACAAAGCUUGGGAGGUCAAUUGGCAGGUCAAGGGAUUAUGAUGCCAUGGGUCCACAAACAAAGUUUAUUAGGUGUCCUGAGGGGGAGUUGCAGAAAAGGAAGGAGAUUGUCCAUUGUGUGACGCUUCAUGAGAUUGAUGUUAUCAAUAGCAGGACUCAGGGCUUUCUAGCCCUCUUUACGGGAGACACUGGCGAAAUUCGUUCUGAAGUGAGAGAACAGAUCGAUACAAAGGUAGCAGAGUGGAGAGAGGAAGGAAAAGCUGAAAUCAUCCCUGGCGUUCUCUUCAUUGAUGAGGUCCAUAUGCUCGACAUUGAAUGCUUCUCCUUCCUCAACCGUGCAUUGGAGAAUGAAAUGGCCCCUAUUCUCGUCAUUGCAACGAAUCGAGGAAUCACGACCAUCCGUGGCACAAACUACAGGUCUCCACACGGAAUUCCCGCUGAUUUUCUUGAUCGUCUCCUUAUCAUAUCCACACAUCCAUACACUGAAGAGGAAAUACGAAAGAUCCUCGAUAUCAGAUGUGAUGAAGAAGAUGUCAAUAUGUCUGAAGAGGCGAAAUUGCUGUUGACGAAGAUUGGAGUUGAGACGUCGUUGAGGUAUGCGAUUCAUUUGAUUACUGCUGCUGCUCUUGCUUGCCAGAAGAGGAAGGGGAAGGUGGUGGAGAUGGAGGACAUAAGCAGGGUUUAUCAGUUGUUUCUUGACGUGAAGAGGUCAACUCAGUAUCUGAUGGAGUAUCAGAACCAGUACAUGUUCAAUGAAGUGUCUGGGGACAUGUUAGAUGAUGGAGAUGAAACAACAACGCUGGCCUGAUAUGUAGAAUAUCUUACAAGGAGGAAGCAAAUGGCAAUUUGUAACACAUCACAAAUCUUGUUGCGCAUACCACUAAUGAGUCACUGUAACUUUACUGAUAGUGAUUGCUGCACUGAUAUUAACAAUGGUGAUAUGUUAGAUGCUACCCCCUCUUUUCUCGUUUGACAAUGUUAUUUAGCUCUAGCACAUCUUUUCCCUUCAGAACAAACUUGUAUUAUUUUCUUGUAAAAGUGUAGUUGGGGUUACCGUCAACAUUUUGGGCUAGUGUUGACGUAGCUACUUCAUUUUAUCAGUGUUAAUCUAAGUUAUAACAAGAUAUUGUGUGCGGAGAACUACUUAAUGUUUACUGUUUGUUCUCCCUCUGGGGAAAAUGUUACUUGUUCA